AUGGCUCGAGGAAAAUGGAUCGACAAGAAGACUGCUACGAAUUUUACCCUUGUUCAUCGUUCUCAAAACGAUCCACUUAUACAUGAUGCUUCGGUGUCAUCGAUGAUACUCAAACCCACAGCAGCCCCAAAUGCCAACAUUCCCAAAAAGUUGGAUGAAUUGGCUUCCGAGCUUGGAGACGAUGUUCAUAAAAUUAGAGAUAAUGAAGGGGAAGCCGCCAACCAUGGUAUAUACUUUGACGAUUCUGAAUAUGAUUACAUGCAACAUUUGCGUGAUUUAGGAAGCGGCUUUGGAGACUCAUAUUUCAUGGAGGCUCCUUCAAUUAAGGCUAAGGAAAAGGGUAAGGGAAAGCUUUCCCUAGAAAGUUCGCUUAGCGACAUGAGCCUGGAAGAUCGCGCAAAGGCAUUACUGGGCGAAGAAUUAAUUCCUGCCAAUAAUUUAGUCAAGCCUUCAUAUCAGUCACAGCAGGACAUUCCCGAUUCUCUGGCUGGAUUUCAACCUGAUAUGGAUCCUCGGCUCAGGGAAGUCUUAGAAGCGCUUGAAGAUGAUGCAUAUAUUGAUGAUGACGAUGAUAUAUUUGACAAACUUUCGAGUGAAAAGGAAGUUGCUGAGAAUGGCGAGCUUUAUCAUGAGAGUUGGGAUACUCAGGACUCUGAUUGGGAUUCAGAUGUGACAGCAAAACCUUCAAACGCCUGUAAAGAUGGCACAAAUUUAAAUUCUGGGCUAGAUGGUGAAGGAAAAGAGUCUGAAGAUCAAUGGGCUUGGAUGGAUGACUUCAAUAAGUUUAAGAGAGAGCAGAAGAAAAAUCAGCCUCCUAUUCCAUCAUCUCAAUUAUCUUCUGUCAUGACGACCACCACAAACGGUGGCAGGCGUAAAAAGAGAAAAGGGGCUUUGACAAAUCCUUCUAGCUACUCAAUGACUUCAUCCUCUAUGGUUCGUACAGAAGGACUAUCGAACUUAGACGCGAGGUUCGAAAAGAUAGAGGAACAAUACAAUAUGGAUACAGAAGAUAUGGCAUCGAUUUCAGAAGUAUCCUCUAUGGCCUCAGCAUCAUCAACAGUUCAAGGAUCGAUACGGGGAGAUUUUGAUGGCAUAAUGGAUGAAUUUCUAGGAAAUUUUUCUAUGAGCGGAAAGAAACAUGUUAAGAAGGGAAGAUACCAAAACGGUAUAGAGCAGCUUGACGAAGUUCGAAAAGGAUUGGGCAAAGCGAUUAUUCGCUCAAAUAGAGUCCUUUAG